GUAUAUGUCGGGCGAUCACGUGGUACAUACGUACGUGUGCGUGGCGCGAUGUGUGGUGAUCUGUCACGCGAGCGACUCAACAACAAACUUCAAGCGGCAUUCGCGUGAUAAGCUGAUACUGCUGAUAGGACUGUUGGCAUUUCUUUCGAACGGAACGUUCCAAUUAAUUUCUCGCGAAAACUACUGAUCACGGAUCGCGCGUGUUAAUUAGCUUCGCAAGCGUCGCGAGAGAAUCGAGGAUGGAACGAAAUUUAGUGAAGACACUGGACGAUACGUAUGAUAAGGAGGGCAUUGUUGGCUGUGUGCUGGCUGAUCAUGCUGGUCUCUGUUUAGGAGUUAAAGGCGAUGCAUCGAGUGACAGUGCCGGGUUGAUAGCAGCCAUAGCAGAUCUAGUUGCAAAACUGGAGCCGAAAUCUGGGUCGCCAAUUAUAUCGCUUCAAAAUGAUAACAGGCAAUGUAUUAUACUUCGCAAAGAACCUGUAGUUGGUGCUGUAUAUAAAGAUGUAUCGACUUGAAAUAAUCACUGUUGUAUACAUGGUUAAAACUUAUUUAUAUCCAAAAUAAGAUGUCUUUUUUUUUACAAAAAUAUUUUAUCAUUUAGGUGUUAAGUACAUGUGCGAGUUGUUAAUAAAUAAAACAAAAUUUAAUAUAUGUAAGAAUAGUUCUCAUCGUAUAAGAAUUUAUAGGCAAUAUAAACUAAUUGUAGAAAAAAUAACUGUUUAUAUAUGAUCUUUUAACGUUUUACAAGAUCUUGUGAUAAAUCUGUAGUUGAUUUAUGUACAUAAAUCAUAAAUAAAAUAGUUUACUGUACAUUAGAAUCAA